CCAAACACUCAAUAAUAAUGGUAGGCGGCUUCUCAUUCUCUACAACCAUGACGUCAUCCUCAUCACCAUCUCCGUUGUCAUUCCCGUCAUUAUCCUCAUCUUCACUUCCCACAAACCCUAACCCUUUUUUCGGUAGUUCCUCGCCGUCGUUUUCGUUCUGCACUUCAACCACCACCGCUCCAUCUUUAUUCGGUUCGGGUUCUGGUUUCGGUACUCCUUCAAGUAGUAAGCAAAAAUCAAAUUCAAAUUCAACUGCAUUUUCUAUGAAUACGAAUGUAACUACUCCUGCUUUUUCGUUUUCCCCGACCCCUUCUACUGCUGCUGCUGCUGCUACUAGGCUGUCUUUUGAAAAUGUGACUGCCUCUUCGUCUGCCAGUUUGAAAGCAGAUUCUACGGCUUCAACUACUAUUACUACAUCUUUCUUGGAUUCUACUGCAGGAACUACAACUGCUAAUGCUAGUGCUGCUUCCACUCCUCCGUUUCCUGCAUUCGGGAGCAGCUCGAUGUCGACUGCUACGAAUACAAAUGUAACUACCCCUGCUUUUUUGCUUUGGUCGACCCCUUCUACUGCUGCUGCUACUAGGCUGUCUUUUGAAAAUGUGACUGCCUCGUCCGGACUACAGUCGUCUGCGAGUUUAAAAGCAGAUUCUACGGCUUCCACACCGGCGUUUUCUGCAAUUAGCGCGACGUCAUCUGCUGCUACUACCACUACCACUACUACUUCCACACAGGCGGUUACUGGAUCGGUGCCGAGUACUACGAAUCCUGCUACUUCAACGGCGACGACAAGUUCUUUGUUGUUUCAAACAUCUGCUAAAACUUCGGGUUUUUUUACACCAGCAUCACAGCCGCAAUCCACAGCUGCUACAUCUUUCUUGGAUUCUACUGCAGGAACUACAACUGCUAAUGCUAGUGCUGCUUCCACUCCUUCGUUUUCUGCAUCUGGUGUGACAUCAUCGACUUCUACUGCUGCAGCUUCCACACCGGCGUUUUCUGCAUUUGAUGUAAUGUCGUCAGCUGAUACUACUACGACUAAGACACCCGGGUGUACUGCAUUUGGUGUAACUUCAUCCGUUACUACUACUACUGCGCCUUCCUCGCAGGCGGUUACUGGUAUUGGUUUAACUUUGUCAGCUAGUACCACCACAGCUUCCACACCUACUGGAUCUGUGCCAAGUACUACGAGUCCUGCUACUUCAACGGGGACGACAAGUUCUUUUUUGGGAUUUCAAACAUCUGCUAAAACUCCGGGUUCCCUUACACCAGCAUCACAGCCGCAAUCGACAGCUGCUACAUCUUUCUUGGGCAAUCGAAGAUCCAUUAAUUUUACUUCCAUGAAAAGUAAUCGAGGCUCGCCUUGUUGUGGUGCUGGUCCGAUUUCAAUAAUCUCAACAUCAGAAAAUAAUAAUAAUAAUAAUCAGAAUAAACAUAAAAACAAGAAACAAGUUUGGAUAUGGACGGAAAACAAAGAGGUCAUGACGUCAGCAGUUGAAAGAGGUUGGAGCACUUUCAUUUUCUCUUCUAUUCAUCGCCACACCGCCACUGAUUGGUCUUCAAUCGCAUUGAUAUCCCCUCUCAUUAUUGAAGACAAUAAGCUAUUUGACGAGGAGGCUAGAUUAGUUGCCACGAUUUCUGAAAUAUCAUCUCCCCAACAACUGGAGCAGCUCCAACCAGUGUCUGACCAUGCAGAGAAUGUUAUUGUUGAUCUAUUGGAUUGGCAGGUGAUUCCUGCGGAAAACAUUGUUGCUGCAUUUCAUGGGUCUCACAAAACAGUCUUCGCUGUCUCAAAAAGUCCAUCAGAAGCUCAAGUAUUUUUAGAGGCUUUGGAGCAAGGACUGGGAGGAGUAGUUUUAAAAACCCAGAAUGUUGAAGAUGUCCUUGAGUUGAAGGGCUAUUUUGACAGAAAAAAUGAAGAAGACAGUCUACUGGAGUUGACUAAAGCUACUAUUACUGGAGUUCAAAUGACUGGAAUGGGAGAUAGAGUUUGUGUUGAUCUCUGUAGUCUCAUGAGGCCUGGUGAAGGCCUUCUGGUUGGAUCUUUCGCCAGGGGGUUAUUCCUUGUUCAUUCAGAGUGCCUAGAGUCAAAUUAUAUCGCCAGCAGGCCUUUUCGUGUGAAUGCAGGUCCAGUUCAUGCAUAUGUUGCAGUUCCAGGAGGUAAAACUUGCUAUCUUUCAGAACUUAAGACAGGCGAAGAGGUCCUUGUUGUUGAUCAAAAUGGCAUUCAGCGAACGGCAGUAGUUGGGCGUGUAAAGAUUGAGACCCGACCUUUAGUGAUCGUUGAUGCAAUGGUUGAGGAAACUUGUUACAGCAUUCUGCUGCAAAAUGCGGAGACUGUUGGUCUUGUAUCACCCAAAGAAGGAAAUGGAGGGAAAGUAAUUCCAGUGACCUCACUGAAAGUUGGCGAUGAAGUUUUGCUGAGAUUACAGGGUGAUGCUAGGCAUACCGGUAUAGAGAUUCAAGAGUUCAUUGUUGAGAAAUGAAGUUUGGUUAAUAAUAUCCCUUCUCUUUGGUAUCCUUAGCAUAUAACUUAGCAAAUUAAUUGCCUUCUUUUGCAGCUAGAUGAAUUGAAAGACGUUCAAGGUGUAUCUAAACUUCUAAAGGACUAAAAAUUGUUACAUAUAUAAGAGAAAAGUGAUUAUGGGGCUGUUAUUUACCCAAUUUGGGUGAAAAACCCCUCACAUACCAAUUAUUUAA